AUGGCUCCGUGCGUCGCCGCCGCGCAGCCGGCAGCGCCCAGGAAGAGCGGGACGAGGAGGAGGAGGAAGGUCGGCUGGCCCGAGGCUGCGCUGCCCCGGCCACAGGGCGGAGCGGGGCGGGGUGGGGCGGGGCGGGGCGGUCCCCUGGCAGCCGCUGCCCUUAGACGCCGGGGGUGCCCAAGCUCCGUGACAGCCACAGUCACAGUCCCCACGAGCAAUAAACUGAAUGAUCAUCACCGGCUGCUCUCUGUUUGGGUGGCCUUUUCAGAUAGAGGACCUGAUAAUGUAUUCAAAAAGGACAAGCCUUACAGGGUCUUUUUCAAAGAUCUCUUUCUUUUCAAAGAAAGUGAAAUGGCAGCCAAGAAGAGGGAAAGAAUCAUGAACCGUAGCAUGAAAGUCUACCAAAAGACAACUUUUUCAUCCCGCAUGAAGAGUCGUUCACACCUGGGCCAGCUGUCUAUUUACGCUGAACCAGGUGGUGGCUCAUUUGAAAAUCUGGGGCUGGAUCCGACUCUUAUUCUCAGGUUGACAGAAGGUGCAGACAGAAAGAGGAGUCUCCAUGAAUUUAUUAAUGACCAGAGAGACAGGUUUCUACUUGAGUAUGCUGUGUUAUCAAAAAAAAACACAAUUAAGAGGUUUGAAAAGGACAUGGCCACGAAGGAAGGUCAACUUAAAAAAGCUGAGAGGAAGCUCCAAGAUGACGCAGUGGCCUUUGAAGAGUUCCUUCGAGAAAAUGACCAACAAUCCAUAGAUGCUCUUAAAAUGGCAGCACAAGAAACACUGAAUAAACUCCAAAUGACAGCAGAGCUCAAGAAAGCCAGCAUGGAGAUGCAGGCGGUGAGAAGUGAAAUAACAAAAACAGAAUUCCUCCUCCGGGAGUACAUGAAAUAUGGAUUUUUUCUGCUGAAAUUGUCUCCAAAACAGUGGCAAACAGAGCAGUCAUUAAAAAGGGCACAAUCAGCAAAAAGUAAUGCAGUGCUUCCAAAAAUAUUAGAAAGAUUCUCAAUAAAUGUAAGAAAAGACAACAGUGACUCUGACAGGGCGUCGGUUUCAGAAGACAGCCCUGUAGAAGACAGGAACCAAGAAAAGCCAAAGAAGAAGCUUACUUUCAAGUCACCAUCUACAAGACAGUCUUUCCUCAAUCGGUCUGAAAGUACCAACUCAGAAGACAGUUUGGAAUUCUUUCUAGAAGAUGAACAACUAGAUUUUGACCUGGAACCAGAGAUUUACUUCAAGGAACCAGAAGAGUUACUCCAAGUCUUCACGGAGCUGGAAGAACAGAAUCUUAUCUUGGUCCAAUAUUCCCAAGAUGUGGAUGAAAAUCUUGAAGAUGUAAACAAAAGAGAGAAAGUCAUACAGGACAAGAUAAACAAUAACAUAGAGUUCCUGCUGGAACACAAGCAGAUGCUCAAGGCUAACUGUGAGCGAGAAGAAGAAAAGGCUGCUGAGUUGGAACUGAGGUCCCGGCUCUUUAGCUUUGGAGAGUUCAAGUCCGAUGAUCAGGAAAAGCUGAUAGACUCGCUUAGUAAUAAAAUUAAUCAAGUGUACAGAGUCUGCAUUGGAGAUGCUGAAGUUGGCAGUCUGAAUGCAGUUCAAAAAUUGGUCAAAGUAGAGUCUCGCCUGGUGGAACUGAGCGACCUCAUCGAAACCAUUCCCAAAGAAAGCGUGGAUGCAAUUGAAAGGAUAAAACAGAAGGAGCGGAGGCAAAAGUUGCGUGAAGAGAAAAUGAGAGAAAAGCAGAAACACCAAGAGGAAAGACUGAAGGCGGCUCUGGAAAGAGCUGUUUCACAGCCAAAGAAGAAGCUUGGAAGACGACUUAUGUACCGUUCCAAACCUCCAUCUACUAGCAAACAAGAAAUACUUUUAGUCACUGAAACAAGGACAAAAUCAUUGGAGGAAGAAUUUUUUUUUGGUUGA